GUCUCUCUCCCAUUGCACUCGCAAUCCCAUUCCUCGGCCAUGGAUAUCGAUGACAUCCUCGCCUCCGUCGACCGCGGCGAUGUGUCUACCCCAGAAUCGGCCGGUCUCGACCACCAGCUCCUCACGCGCUUCUGGGUCGCCGAGCGCGGCGUGUCGGAGCUCCUCCCAUGGCCGGGACCACUGAUGGAGCGCAUGAUGGAGCGAGUAAAAAGACAAAUCGAAUCCAUCGAAGACCUCGCCGCCUCCUCCGCCGAUCCAACAACUCCCACCACCCACAAUCCCACCCUCAACCUCAAACUCUCCAUCCUGCAAACCGACCUCUCCCGCACCCAAUACCUCCUCCGCUCGCUCCUCCGCCAACGCCUCUCCAAACUCACAAAACACAGCAUGCACUACCUCCUCCUCAUCGCCUCCGCCCCCUCAAACUCCCUCCCGCAAUCCACCCCCUCCUCCCAGCACCAGCACCAACAACCCGAAGACUCCAUCCCCGACCUCACGUCCGUCACGGACCCCUCGCCCCUCUCCCCGCAGGAAGUCUCCUUCCUGCACGCCCACCAGUCCCUCCUCGCGGGCCAUUUCGGCGCCUCGUUUCUGUCCUCGUUCCCCCCGCAGCUGCGCCGGUUGGAUGAUAACGCCGGCGGAACGAGUAUGGUGCAGGGGCCGGAGUUAAGGGAGGUCGUGUUCGUGAGGUGUCUAGUUGAGGAGGUAAUGGUCGUCGUGCCGCCUGGGGACGGGAUUGAGGAAGAGCAGUUCGGGACGGCGAUGCGCAUGGGUGAUGUUUGGGCGGUUCGGUGGGAGGGUAUUCGGAAUGCUUGGGUGAGGGGGGAGGUGGAGCUCUUAUAGAGUUAUUGUCAUUUUGUUCUAUCUGUGUGUUUGUGGGCUGGGGGGUGUUUUCUUUGGUUUGUUCUUUUGGCUAUCGGUGUAGUGCAUAUGCCAUGUCUUGCAUUUUGGAGGCGUUGGGUUUCCUUUUCUUUUGGUUGUCUGUCUGUCUGCCUGCUUUUUCUGUGUUGUGUUGUGCAUGAUAUAGAUCUAUAUCCUGAUUGUUU